AUGAAUCAAUUGCCCCCCAUCGACACGCACUCCCACCGAAACCAGCGCGUUAGUCCAGCCCCGUCCCUCGAUCUUAAUGGCAUGCAAUUUGGAGCAAAGAGACGGGACAAUGAGAAGACAGCAUAUCCCUCCCCAGCUGCGCCUCAGCGGCCGGCUUUCAGGAGGCAUCACUCAACGCCCACUCGAUUCCUCUUGAAAAGCACCGAGAAGUACUCCCUGCUUCACGGCAUCCUAGAAGAUGACGAGUCAAGGCGCAUAUUCUAUUUCAUGAUCCUGAACUUGUGCUUUAUGGUGGUCCAGUCGACGUAUGGCAUUUUGACAGGGUCAUUGGGCUUGAUCAGCGACAGUAUACACAUGUUCUUCGAUUGUGUGGCGCUCUUGGUCGGUGUUUGUGCUGCAGUCAUGAGCAAGUGGCCUCCGAGCCUGAAGUUCCCAUAUGGGUACGGAAAGAUCGACACCUUGGCUGGACUAGGGAACGGCAUUUUCUUGAUGCUCAUUAGCAUUGAGAUUGUCUAUGAAGCUGUUGAGCGGCUCUUCUCCGGAGCCGAUGUCAGUCGAACGACUGAGCUACUUGUGGUCAGCACCCUGGGACUGUUGGUCAAUCUGGUAGGCAUCUUUGCCUUCCAUGGAGCCCACGACCACGGACAUGGACAUGGGCACAGCCAUAGCCACGGCCAUUCCGAUCACGAUCAUGCCCAUGAGCACGACCAUGACCAUGGUCACAAGCAUGUCCAUAACCACCACGAAGAACCACCAACCCCAAUGACCGCGUCGGCCUCUCCCAUGAAACACAAGACUGGCGUGGCAAGCGACCCCCACCACCACCACCACCCUGGCGGGGAAAACAUGCAAGGUAUCUACCUGCACAUCAUGGCCGACGCUCUCGGAUCUCUCGCCGUUGUCGGGUCGACCCUCCUUGUCCGCUGGACUGGCUGGAGUGGCUUCGACCCACUAGCCUCGUGCAUUAUCGCCGUCCUCAUAUUUGCAUCUACAAUCCCUCUCGUCACCUCGACGACGAAGAUCCUUCUCUUAUCGCUCAAUUCCGACAUCGAGUAUAACCUCCGUGGCAUCCUAAGCGGAGUCGCCGAGAUCCGCGGCGUAGUCGGCUACACCGUCCCCAAGUUCUGGCUCGAAGACAUGAAGAAAGAGCCAGGCCACCAUCACGGCCAUGACCAUGGACAUUCGCACACCCACACUCGCAAAUCGAGUGAAGGCAAGAAAUGCGACCAUGACCACAACCACGCCCACCACCAUGACCACGAACAGCCAGCCGAUGAUCCCACAGUGCUCGGUGUAAUUCACGUCAUUGCCUCGCAGACGGCAGAUCUAGAAGACGUACGGGAGCGCGUGGACCUGUAUCUCCGACAGAGGAAGAUGGACGUCGUGAUCCAGGUCGAAAGGGACGGCGAAUUGCGAUGUUGGUGUGGCGGCGGCGGCGGCAUCAAGAGCCCCACUACAAUCUAA